AUGGUGGCGCAAUUAGAUCCGCUGCUCGGAGAACAUGGCGGGGGAGUGAAAUGAGCUGCUAGCAGCGCCCCGGUGUUGUUACCCGAGUGGGCACACCCCUUUCCGACACCGCGCCAAUCGCUAUGCGAGGAGAGAGCUAGCGGCACACCUCUUCUGUAUCCGCCAAUCCGGGCGAAACGGCUGCCUCUCUGGCCCCGCCUCUACCAAUCAGAAGCGACACAAACAUUUGGGGUCACGCCCGCUUCCGCAGGCAGCCCAAUCGGAGCGGACACAAACAGCUGGCACGCCCCCGUCUCCGAGUCACGGGCCCGCAGUGCGAAGCGAAGGCACCGGACAGGCGGUUCUCCUUGUGAGCGCCAGGAACCAAUCAGACGGCACAAAAACAGCCCCGGCCACGCCCCCUCUCGCCCAGCAGCCAAUCGAGGGGGACGUAAACAGGCAGUGGUGUGCCCCCUGGUGGUCGGCGGCGCAGUGGGGAGUAGGCACGCUUCGCCUGCUAUGGAGGGGCCGGCGCCGGGGCCGGGGCCCGGGCUCCCAGCCGCGGCGGAGGAAGGACCCGGUGGCGAGGCGGCGGGGCAGAGACGGGACGAGCGCAGCCUGGAGGCGCUGAGCCUGGCUGCCGCCGGCGGCGGAGCGGCGGCGGUGGCGGCGCGGCAGCAGCUGCCGGAGGGGCGGCGGGCGACGCUAGCGAGCGCCCUGGAGCUGGAGGGGACGGUGCUGCGCGAGGGGCGUCUCACCCAGUUCGUGGCCAACAACCUGGAGCGGCGGAUCCGGCUGAGCGGCACCCCGCGGGGUGAGCUCCCGGCGGCAGCGGCGGCUGGGGGCGGCGGCUCUAUCCCUGCCAUCGACCCCGGGGCGCUGCAUGACGUGGUGGCCCUGGCCGGGCAGGUGGCGGCACAGGUAGACGAGCUGCUGCGCAACGUGCACUGCGGGCUGCAGGCCUUGACGGCCCUCAGCGUCGGCUGCAUCCAGACCUACCGCGACGGCGUGGAGAGCCUGGGCGAGGCGGCCGACCUCAGCAUCCGCGCCAUGUACGCGCUGGUGGCGCGCUGCGAGGAGCUGGACCGCGCCAUGCAGCCUGUGCCCGCCCUGGCCAAGCGCAUCCGCGACAUGAAGGGCACCCUUGAGCGGCUGGAGGGGCUCUGCAAGUAGCACCGCCCCGGCGGGGGUCGCCGCCCUGCCACUGCCGCCAGGGCGUUGAGCGAGGAGCCGCCGGGGAUGCCGCUGCAGUGUCAGUGGCGCGGCCGCUGGGCCUGCUCCGGGAGCUGGACGGGGCUUGGCCGCUCUGACAGGCCCCGGCUCGGCGGCUGCCCUCCCUGCUACCUCCCGCCGGGGCUGCCGACGGCCGUCCUUCAGGCGGCAGCUCUCUCGCCCCGGUAGACCCGCCGCCGGGCCCGCUCUCCACCUGUACAGCCUUCCUCUCCCUCUGUGCCCCGGACGUGACCAGCAGAGAUCCGUAGCCAGUUCGCUGGUAUUAAUGUGGAGGAAGUGAGAUUUUUGCAACUGAUGAAGGAAAAGGGCCUAGUUGAAAUCGCGAAGUGAAUGGCAGACGGUGCUUCUUAGCUUCAGCUCAUUAAAGAAUUUGGAUUCCACAUGCCUUAUGCUUUCUAUUUAUUGAGGGCUAGGAAAAACUAACCAAUCUUAAUGAAAAGCAGCUGUUAAUAUUUUAUUUUAAACCAGAUUUGAAAUUGUUGUGAACACUUGCUUGCUGCUUACAGGCAUACACGCUUACUUGUGUGCCUUGGUGCCUGAUGAGUAAUUCUCACUUGUGCUGUUACAGCAAGUAAGCACACAGAACGCUGCUUACAGGACACAGUCUUAAGAGAAAAUUUAAUAUAUAUAGCAAAGACAUUGUUCUUCCAGAGAAUAUAAAAUCCAUGGAAUAUAAUUGAGAUUCAGAUAACAAAUCUACAUGCAGAGUUCUAAAUAAAAGCCUUCAGAUGAAAUAUGCUUUGCCUCUGUUAGUCUUUGCUGUUUUUUCAGUGUAGAUGUUUAAAUGGCAUCACUCUGAAAUGAUCCUGUGAUUUUGUUGUGGGGCUUCUGUUGUUUUGUUUUUUCAAUUGGGAAUAUACCUAUUAGAUGAGGAAUAUGUGACAUGGGUGGAUGACUGACAUAAAAUGGGUACUUUCGGGGAAUGUGUAACUUGAAGCUUUUGUAUGUGCAUCACUGUAUGCAGAAGUGAUUUUGCUGUAUCAGUAAGUGUUUCCUCUGAGGCCUGAGAGUAGCCAGAUUCUCUGAUCACUAUGGUUCCUAUGCAACUAGCCUCUUAGAUGAUGCUCUUAGCAAGGUGUUUAGGACACAAAUGACUUUGUAACAGGAUUUCCAGAGAGAAAUGAUCACUGUGAUCUUGUGUAUGUAUAGUGGUGCUUUUAGUGACCAGUGGCUCCUAAAACCCUUGGGGCAAAGGCAGCCAGAAACACUACUCAAGUCUAGUAACUGGGUUGAAGAGUGGAUAGGUUUACAAUGGUUGCAGCUGCUACCCCACCAUAAUCUCAUUAAGAACACUGAGUGGGGGGGUAGAUGCUGUGAUAGACUGUGCUUCUGUAUGUAGACAAUACUGAAUUGAAACAAAAUAAUUGUUUUUAUGCCACCCUGGUUAGUGCAAUACCAGUCUCUAGCCUGUUUUGAGUUUCUCAACAUGGCCAUGUGUUUCCAUCAGCACGAGGUGUAUUUCAUGUGUGACCUAGUGGGAGGAGGAAGCUGGAAGUGGGCUAUGCCAAGGUCAUGCUCUUUGUGGUCACAGCUGUUGUGGCACUGUCUUCUGGGGAAUAGCUGUGGCUCCAGAAAGGGACCAAAGGUCUUAUAAGUGGAGAGAGAAAAAUGAGAACUUAAGUGCCCCUGCCCAUGGGCCUAAAAAAUACUAAAGAUUUCUUUACACCUCUGUAACAGCUGUACUCUUAAUAGUUUUGGGGUGUUCCUCUUGGGAAAGUUUGAACUUCUUUAUCACGGAGACAUAGUAGUUUUGCUAAGUAUGUUAUGUAUAUGUCGAGAGUGAAAACCAAAGUUCUAUCUUGCUUAACUUGUGCAUGUUGUUGAAAUGUUCACACAAACUUGUUUGUAUAGCCACAUACAUACACCUGUGCUUUAUUCACACAGGCUAAGGUGAAGCCUUUAAAGCAGACAUGUUUCUGUACGCUGUCAGUUUUGAGUAGUGUUUCAUUUAGUCACUUUCAGUGAUAAUUCCCUGCUAAAAUUGUCAAGUCUGUAGAAUAAAAUGAUUACUUUUACGUUUUUAAUUGGUA